AUGGCUAAGCUUCUUCAAGGUAAAGUUGACAAGGAGCUGCUGAAGAAGAUGCUAGAGCUAGAGCAAAGUCAGGAGCAUCUAAUGGAGGAGCUUUCCAGGCUCAAGGUAUCUACGGAUCUUAGGCAGCCUUCGCAUCCAGCCUUGAGCAAGAGCGGUGCCGCCUCGUUGCGCAAGGAUUUGAUGAUUCUGAGACCAUCGGCCAGGAAGUUCACGGAAAAACAGUAUCUGAACAUUUUGCAGUCCAUGGCACAGUCUGUUCAUGCCUUCGAUCUCAAUAUGCGAAUUAUCUUUUGGAAUGCCAUGGCAGAAAAGCUUUAUGGGUACUCUGCUGCAGAAGCACUUGGGCAGAGCCCAAUUAACGUUAUGGUAGAUGACCGUGAUGCUGUCUUUGCCAUGAAUAUUGCUCAGCUUUGUUCUAAUGGAGAGAGCUGGACUGGCAAGUUUCCUGUCAAGAACAGAUCUGGGGAGAAAUUUUCAGCUGUCACUACCUGUUCCCCCUUCUAUGCUGAUGACGGUUCUCUUAUUGGGAUCGUUUCUAUCACGAGUGACAUAGCACCGUAUCUGAGCUCCAGAAUCUCUUUGACUAAAUUGAAAGCGCAAGAAGUUGAAACGAGCUCUAGCCCUGCAAGGAACAGUUUUGCAUCUAAACUUGGUUUUGACUCCAAAGGAGCUGUUGUAUCAAAACUUGGCCUUGAUCCUUCUCAGCCUAUACAAGUUGCGAUAGCAUCAAAGAUAUCAGAUUUGGCAUCCAAGGUGAGAAACAAGGUCAGAUCGAAAAUGCCAGCAGAUGAUAGUAGUGUCACAUUGCCUGAGGGUGGCAGUGGGGACAGUCAUCACGGUUUUUUCAAUCCUACUCUCACUGACCGCAAGGAAGAUGCAGCAUUAAGGGGUACUGGCUCACCAAGGGGGGAUUUUAUCCAGUCUCCUUUUGGUGUAUUCACAUGUAACGGUGAGAAUUUUACUUCCAAACCCUUCAAAAUUUCCAGUCAUGAGAGUGAUGAAAAGCCUGCAAUCCACAAGGUUCUCACCUCAAAAGCUGAAGAUUGGAUGGUCAAGAAAGGUUUGUCAUGGCCAUGGAAAGGGAAUGAGCAGGAAGGUUCAAAAGGAGAGCCUACUCAUUCUGCAUGGCAUCGGGUACAAAAUGAACAAGAGAAAGAGCACCAGACUAAUCAAUCUUUUGGUGUUCACUCCGAAAGUCAUACCUCCGAAAGUAAUACGCCUACCAAUAAUGAGGCGUCUAGCUUGUGGUCUUCCUCUACAACUGCAAAAAGCGUUAGUAGCUGCGGAAGUUCCACCAGCAGUGUUAUGAACAUGGUGGAUACAGAUAGAAAUUGCUUGGAAUAUGAAAUUUUAUGGGAUGAUUUGACAAUCGGAGAAAAGAUAGGACAAGGCUCGUGUGGAACUGUUUACCACGCUCUCUGGUUUGGAUCUGAUGUUGUUGUGAAAGUGUUCUCCAAACAAGAAUAUUCAGAAGAGGUCAUAAAGUCUUUUAGACAAGAGGUAUCGUUGAUGAAAAGACUUAGACAUCCUAACGUUCUGCUGUUUAUGGGAGCUGUUACUUCACCUCAUCGUCUCUGUAUAGUGUCAGAGUUCCUUCCACGUAGAAGUAUCUUCCGUCUACUGCAGAGAAGCAAAUCAAAACUGGACUGGAGGCGGCGUAUCCAUAUGGCCUUGGACAUCGCUCGCGGAAUGAACUAUCUUCACCGCUGUAGUCCACCCAUUAUCCAUCGUGAUCUGAAGUCGUCAAAUCUUCUGGUAGACAGGGACUGGACCGUUAAGGUAGCUGACUUUGGUCUUUCACGUAUCAAGCAUGAAACAUAUCUAACCACCAAGUCGGGGAAAGGAACGCCUCAAUGGAUGGCACCAGAAGUUCUUCGAAAUGAAUCUUCUGAUGAGAAGUCUGAUAUUUACAGCUUUGGAGUAGUACUAUGGGAACUUGCCACAGAGAAGAUCCCAUGGGAAAAUUUCAACUCGAUGCAGGUGAUCAGAGCUGUGGGGUUCAUGGACCAGAGGCUAGAUAUUCCAAAGGACAUUGAUCCUUGUUGGAUCUCAUUAACGGAGAGCUGUUGGCACAGUGAUACUAAGCUGAGACCCACAUUUCAAGAACUGAUGGAGAAACUAAGCGACCUACAAAGAAAGUAUACAAUGCAAUUCCAAGCAACUCGUGCUGCGUUACCUGGCAGCUCUCUUCUCAAGGACAACGAAUAACCAAAAGUUGGCGCUUUUUAUAUAUUAUCCCCUUUCUUUUUCCUCAACGCAGCGCUUCAAGAUUCAAAUAUUGUUCACAAAAACAAAGAAAGGAUAGAGAGAGAGAGAACUGGUCUCUUUGAUCAGAAAUAAUGGGUGGAACCAGGCUACCGCUGGUGUGCCAAUGUCUUCCAUCAUUGAAAAAGGUUAUGGCGUUGGGAAAUUAUCAAUUUCUCCUAUUGUUCAAAUGGAGUCUUCCUCGUUACUGUACCAAGGUUGCCCAUCUUUCCAUCAUGUUCUGAGAUAAAUGUUGUUGAAAACUAUUAACUACUAACUAGGGAGGUUGGCUCAGCUUUCUGACUCUUGAGCUUUGAUCAGAUAUGUGUCUCCGGCUCUCACAAGUGACAAGACCAUUGUAACAGCAAGAGCGAGUGAGUUUGACAUCUCAACAAGUAGCCAUCUCUUGCAAGUGCAAUUUUGUUGUCAAAACUAUA